AUGAUACUGAUUGCAGUUCUCGGUGUAAUGACACUUAUGAUACAAGGAGUUGAGUCGGCUGGGAUUUCACUUUCUUUAUCGACUGAUAUUUCCACCGUCAGACAGACCAUUGUCGACACCCACAACUCCUACAGGAGAAAUGCAAAUCCGACUGCACAAAACAUGCUGAAAAUGAUGUGGAAUGAGGACACGGCACAGAAUGCGGGGAAUUGGUCAGCAACAUGUUCUUUCACUCAUAGCACAUCAAAUCAACGCACCAUUCCAGGUUUCAACUGUGGAGAAAAUAUUUACAUGGCUACAUAUCCAGCCUCUUGGGAGGAAGCCAUUCAAGCAUGGCACAGUGAGGGCGAAUUUUUCAAUAUGGAGUGGGACCCACUGUUGCCGAAAGAACAACAUUAUACCCAGCUCAUGUGGUACAAUUCAUACAUGGUGGGAUGUGCUGUCUCCUACUGUCCUGCAAACUAUUUCCAGUACUUAUAUGUUUGCCAGUACUGCACAGCGGGAAAUAAUGUUAAUACCAUCACAACUCCAUACAAGUCUGGUCCAACGUGCGGAGACUGUCCAGGAGCCUGUGAUAAUGGCCUUUGCACCAAUUACUGCCCAUAUCAAGAUCUAUAUACCGGCUGCAGUAAUUUCAUCGCCUAUUGCAAUAUCAUUCCAAUGAUAAGGGAUGGCUGCCGCGGCACAUGUCUCUGCAGGAACAAUCAGAUCAUAUGA